UAAAUUGCUUCGAUGGCAUUGCCGUUGAGCGCAUCCGACGACGACAAUAGCUCUCCUCCUCCAUCAGCCACCUUCUUCCCCCACCUUGUGUUUUGACGCCGGCAAAUCUCUCUCUCUCUCUCUCUGUGCAAACCCUAGUCGGCGAUAGUUCUUGAAUCUGGGCAAUAAGGUUGAGGGAGCAAAAAUCUUCCCUACCGAUCCGUUUCCGGAGCGGGCGAGGGGGAUGCGGACCGAGGGUGGGGCGGGGCACAGGUGCCUGCCGACCGAAGUCGUGGCGGCAGAUGCCGCCCUGGCGGUCGUCGACGGGGCCCUGGCGGUCGUCGCUUUCUUGCAGUUGUUGAGAAUUCACUUACGCAACCAACAACUUGGCUGGACUCGCCAAAAGAUAUUCCAUCUCAUGAUUGGUUCAUCCAACAUCGGCUACUUGGUGUACUUUAUUUUUACUAUUGUUGCUACUUGUGAGGGAUGGCAGUGUUGGUCACAUGGCUGUGGGUUUAUCCUCAUGGCUUGUCCUCAGAUUCUGUUUCUAGCUGCUUUCCUUCUGCUUGUGUCUUUCUGGAUUGACCUAUGCCAUCAGGCAAACGAUGAUGAAGAAGAUGAUGAUGAACAUGGAUAUAAUGAAGCUUUAUUGGAAAAGUCAAAGAGCAAACAAGGUUCACCACAUGUUGAUGGCCAUAUGAAAUGUUGCUUUCCUCGAACCAUUCAUAUUGGAAGUCGACAAAAGUUUGUAAUCUUGGUGAUUGUCCUGACAUUUGUUUCGGUGAUUUCUUUUUCCAUCCUGAUAUGGAUUGGUAGAGGAAAAACUCCUAUCGAUUCUUCUCUUGUGGCUUGGGUUUCUUUGGAUAUUUUUUCUGUAGCUAUACUCCUACUAGGUGGUGCUUUAGCAUGCUAUGGGGUGCUGUUGUUCUCAAAAAUGAGCAAAGUACGAUCUGAAAUGGCUUCAAAUGAUAUGUGGAAGGUUGCAAGUUUGGCUGCUGUCUCUGUUACAUGUUUCACAUCAUCUGCUGUGCUAGCUCUUGUUACUAAUAUUCCUCUGGAGGUGCUUUUUUAUUGGCAUGCAGCACAAUCAGACCACAUAAGCAGUUCAGUUCUUAUAUUUCUGUAUUAUUUUAUAGGUUCAUCAGUACCAUCCGGAUUUGUCUUGUGGGUUAUGAGAGAAAUGCCUCCUCGGCUUGUGGCUGAUAGUCAUAGACCAGCACGGCCUACGGUCGUAAAUUUUAUCAGUGAAAGAACUACUCAAAAUCCACAAUGGAGGGCUACGGUAACAUCCUCACAGAAUAAGGGUCUGAAAUCAAGCCCAAUAUAAGAAGUAUGCUGGUGCACUCUCGGAGCAUAAACAGCAACAAUUCCAUUCACCCUGCUGUUAGUUAGCGAGCAAAGGAUAACAAUUCAAGCUUACACUGCUUGUUCUUGGGCCUAAGCCAUCUAUCACUGAGUUGGGAAGGCCGAAUGAAAUGUUUCCAAGGUAUGGCAAAACUGCCUAUCCAAUGAUAGGGGGACGAUGAACAGUAGAUUCUCCAGAGUCAACUGUACAUAAUCAGAAAGGUCCACGGCAAUAAAUGCUUGUGGUGCUCAAUUGUAUCCUUCUUUUUGACCUGAUGUUGUUAUAUGAUACUCUGAUGCCUUUGUCCUAC